AUGAGCGACGGCUCUGAGGGGAGCGUGCACGCCGUGGGCGUCGACGUGGGCCGAUGGGUAGAGGGGGCGGCCACACGCUCGCUGUCGGAACACGAGGCUCUGCUGGAGGACAGCCCGCGCGGCUUCGAGGGCGCCAGCGACAGCGGCAGCGGGCGCGCGAACAGCACGGGAAGCAGCCGCGCGGGCAGCAGCGAGGGGCGGCGCGGGCCGGUGUACCUCAUGAAGAUGCACAAAAGUCUGGCGCGGCGAAGCGGAGGGCGCCCGAUGCGGAGGAGAGAGCUCGCGCAGCGACCCGAGCGGCAAAAAAGGCAAAUGAGGCCGAAAAAGUUGCGGGUUGCGGGGCUGGCGCGGCGGAGCGGGAGGGAAGCAGAAGCCGGGAGAAGGCUAUCGGGUUUGGAAGAGAAGACGCGGGUUCGUGAAAAGAGGCUCAACGAGGUUGAGGAGAGCCUCAAGGCGGCGAGACAAAGGGGGAAGGCAUCGGAAAGACGGACCCGAGAAGGGGUCUCGAAGUGGAAGAAGGCGCUGCUCGAACUGGAAGAGCGUUAA